AUGAAGUUAAUCACUAUAUUGUGUGCUCUGGCGCUUUUCGCCAUUGCAAAUGCAGAGGAUGACACUCUCGCUAAGCCAUGUGACGAGAGUGCGUGUCAACUACCAACAUGUAGGUGUUCCUCAACCAGCAUUCCUGGUGGUCUAGAACCGAGGGAUACUCCACAGUUUGUCCUCUUCACAUUCCACAAUGCAAUCAACGUUAACAACAUACUGACAUAUCGCCACACGCUCUUCGGCCGCACGAACAGAAACGGUUGCCCAAUUGGAGCGACUUUCUUCAUCCCUCACGAAUACACAGACUAUUCACUUGUCAAUGAAAUUUAUAAUCAAGGCUUCGAAAUCGGAUUGAAUUCCAUUUCCCGUACAGGCACCCAGUAUUUCUGGAAACAUGCCUCAGAAGAAACUUUACUGAAAGAAUUCGGCGAACAAAGAGAUCAAAUAGCUUACUUUGCAAACAUUACCGCGGAUUCUAUACAAGGAAUUCGCAGUCCGUUCUUACAAUUAUCUGGUAACGCAACGUACAAGAUGAUGAAUAAAGCAAACUUAAAAUUCGAUAUGAGCUGGGCUUCUGUUCUAUAUACCAACCCUGGCUUAUGGCCUUAUACUUUGGACUAUAAAUCCGUCCAAGACUGUAUUACUCCUUAUUGCCCAACUGAGGCUAUCCCUGGACCAUGGGUAAUGCCAUUGCUAGCAUGGAGUGAUUUACAAGGUGUACCGUGCGUCACAGUUGACUCUUGCUUCUUUAAUCCUGAGUCUGAUGAACAAGGUUGGUUCAACUUCUUCGUUAAAAACUUUGAAAGACAUUACUUGAGUAACCGCGCUCCUUUUGGUUUCCACAUUAAUGAAGGAUAUAUCAGCUCAAAUCCCAGUUUCCUCAAUGCUAUGAUCCGAUUCUUGGACAUGCUAAACAACUUACCAGAUGUUUUCAUGGUAAACGCCAAUGAAGUUGUUGAAUGGGUGCGACAACCAGUCCCACUAAGUGAAUACGCAAGCCGACCAUGCAAACAGUGGACUCGCACCAUAUGCCGUCCAGAAGCCUGUAACGCAUUACUAGCUGAACACACUGAGAAAAUUUACUACAUGAGAAUCUGCAAUACAUGCCCCAGAGUCUACCCAUGGGUCGAUAAUCCUUUAGGCCAA